CUCUGAGUCCUUAAUCUCUUUUGCUUAAUAUACAAUUUCAAUUACGAAAACAAGAUUUAAACUUUCUAUUUUCUUUUUAACUGCUCAUUUUUGUUUCACUUGUUCAUUUGUUUGCCGAACCCAUUUUCUCACUAAAUUAGUGAUUAUUUUUCCCAUUUAAUUGAAGUUUAUCUUUUUACUUAUGCGAUGAACAUUCAAAUCAGUCAAAUGAAACCAAUAUGAUGCAAUGAACUUGUAGUUUAGAUUGAUUAAAUGGUUUUGCUCUUUUUUUAGUACUUUUCCUUGACCAAAGCGAUCAAACAAAGAUAGUUUAACCGUUGGUUAGUGUGAUCAAAACUUGAAAGUGAAAUUAAUCAAAACCAGUUCCUCUCUUAAUUUCACUUUAUACAAAAGAGAGAGUGAGUGAGUAUUGCUAAUUGUUCAAUAGUUUCUAACUAUAGCUUCUCCAUUUUUUUUUUGGGGACCAUUACCAAUUGUUUGGAAUUUUUAGAGUACUCGAGAGUAUGAGAUUUACAGUAAUAUCACUUAAUUUUUAGAGUUCUCGAGAGUAUGGAUUUUUUAGAGCGAGUAUUGCUAAUUGUUUAAUAUCACUUCAUUUUUUUUUAAAUUUUAAAACAUUGAUCUUCUAUCGUUAUGCUUGUUCAUUCAGUUAUUGUUUGCAGUACCCGAUUUACAGCAACUGUGUUUUCCGAUGGCAUUGACUUUGAACACCCAAAGAGCCCCUGCAUCUUUUUAUUCAAGUGAAUCAGCUCCUCGAUGGAAGUAUGAUGUGUUUUUGAGUUUCAGGGGUGUAGACACCCGCAAGGGUUUUGUAUCCCAUCUAUACCAUGAAUUGUGCAAGUGCCAUGGAUUUACAACUUUCUUUGACGAUCGAGAGCUUGAAGAAGGAACAAAUAUUCCUCUUGAGCUCCCAUGUGCGAUCAAAGAAUCGCAUAUAGCAAUUGUUGUUCUCUCACCAAACUAUGCUUCUUCCAAAUGGUGCUUAGACGAACUCACAACUAUUCUUCAAUGCAUGGAAGGCAGGAACUCAGUUCUGCCGGUCUUUUAUGAGAUAGAUCCAUCUGACGUUGGAAACCAACGGGGAUGUUUUGCCAAAGCCUUCGCGGAUCAUGAAGAAAAGUUCAUCACUACUGAAGACAAAAAGAAGGUGAUCCAGUGGAGAGCUGAUUUGAAAAAUAUAUCCAAAUUUUCUGGGUGGCAUUUGAAGAAUUUUAAAUCUGAAAGAGAGCUUAUCGAAAAAAUCGUCAAUAGUGUCUGGCGGAAAGUGCAAGCUACAUUCAUGCCAUCAGAUUCCUCAUGGAAGUUAGUUGGAACUGAUUAUUCACUCGAGCAACUAAGUUUGCUAUUAGCUCAUGAUGCCAAUGAUGUUCGCUUUAUUGGGAUAACGGGGAUGGGUGGCAUAGGCAAGACAACCCUUGCUAAGCUAGUUUAUGAUAAAAUCUGCCAUCAUUUUGAAGUUCAUUUUUUUCUUGCCAAUGUUAGAGAGGCUUGUGCAAAAAAUGGUAUAGUUGAUCUUGCAAAAAGACUUAUUUCCCCGCUCUUGAAGGAAAGGACCGAAGAAAUUUGGGAUGAAGAGCGCGCAAGUGUUCUCACUGAGAAGUUCUUACACAAUAAAAAGGUUCUUCUUGUACUUGAUGACGUGGAUGAAUUAAAGCAACUCCAAGUGUUGGCUGGAAAUCAAGGUUGGUUUGGUAUGGGGAGUAGAAUUAUCGUUACAACUAGGAAUCAGCGUCUGCUAGUCCAACAUGAUAUUGCAACAUCAUAUAAGGUGGAGGGGUUGAAUGAUGCUGAAGCACUUAAGCUCUUUAGCCUGCAUGCCUUUAAAAAAGACCAACCCGAGGAAGUUUUUUGGGAACUAUCUAAGUAUUUCAUUAAUCAUGCUGGAGGCCUUCCAUUAGCUCUUGAAACUUUGGGGUCGGCUUUGUUUAAGAGAGGGCUAGAUGCUUGGCAUAGUGUACGGGAUAAUCUAUCACAAAUUCCUAAUCCAGCUAUUUUUGAUAAACUUAAAAUAAGUUAUGAUGGACUAGAAGAGUGGGAGAAGAGCAUUUUUCUCGAUGUUGCAUGUUUCUACAAAGGGUAUUACAGGAAGCAAGUAAUUGAAAUUCUAGAUAGUUCUAAUUCUUUUGGAAUCUCUAGCCAUAUUGUGAUAGAUGUACUAAUUGAGAGAUCUUUCCUCUAUCAAGAUCACCAAAAAUGCAUACGGAUGCAUGAUUUGAUAGAAGAAAUGGCAUUGACAAUUAUUGGCCACAAGUCUAAAGAGCCUGGUCUACGCAGUAGGUUGUGGCUCUAUGAUGACAUUUCUCAUGUAUUCAGGACCAAUACGGAUUUGAGUGCAAUUGAAGUCAUAUCAUUAACCUUGCCUAGAUCAGAAGUGGUCGAGUGGAAUUGGGAAGCCUUCUCUAAGAUGGAUAGACUGAGGAUUUUGAGAGUCGAUAAUUUGAAUUCGAUCUUUUCUUCAGGCCCUAAAUUUCUUCCGUGUUCAUUGAGAUAUAUAUGGUGGUUUCAAUAUCCUUCUAAUUUUCUUCCAACCAACUUUCACAUGCGCCACCUUACUGAACUUCACAUGUAUGGAAGCAGUCUUGUUCGGUUAUGGGAGGGAAAAGUGGACUUGCCCAACUUAAGAUGGAUCGAUCUUAGCAACUCAGGUAAAUUGAAGAGUACCCCGGAUUUCAGUGGUGUUCCAAAUCUUGUGAAGUUGAAUCUUCGAGGUUGUUUCAAUUUAGUUGAGAUACACCCGUCUAUUGCACAUCUUAAAAAACUUGAACUUUUGAAUUUUGAAUUUUGAAUGCUGCUCAAAACUUGAGAGCCUCCCAAGUGUGCUUAAAAUGGAUUCUCUGGAACCUUUAAGUCUUAGCAACUCAGAUGUGAAAAAGAUUCCAGAAUUUGGGGAGCAGAUGAAGAAUGUGUCCUCGAUUGACUUAAGUGCGACUCCGAUAGAGAAAAUAGCUUCAUCAAUUGGACAUUUGGUUGGCCUUCAGGAGUUGUGUCUAGUUGGUUGCUCAUAUCUCUUGAAGCUUCCAACGACUAUUUGUAAUUUGAAGUCUCUUAGAAGACUCCGAAUGCAAGGAUGCUCAAAAAUUGACAAACUCCCAAGAGACAUGGAUAACUUAUGUAACGGAUCGGAUGCUAAAGCAAGGGAGGGGUGGGGCCUUCUCCGCUUACUAGGACUUGGAAAGAGUCGUCCUGAUCCUCCUUGUUUGGAUUUGGUGUUGUCUUCUCUAAAUAGUUUAUGCUCUUUGACAGAGUUAACAGAGUUAUCUCUAAAAGAUUGUAAACUCCGUGAAGGAGAUAUCCCCGAUGAUAUUGGCUGCUUGUCCUUUCUCGAAAGAUUGGAUCUUAGUGGAAAUAAUUUCGUCAGUCUACCUGAAAGCAUUAGACGCCUUUCUAAGCUUUCGUAUCUUGAUCUGGAGAGGUGCAAAAGCCUUCAAAAAUUGCCACCUCUUCCAUCUAAUAGCAAAUUACAUGUAGAUGUAGACAAUUGUACUUCCUUGCGAAGUUUGUCAGAUCCAUCCAAGUUGAAUAGCAGAUUCGCCAAUUUGUAUGAUUUUAAUUUCACUUGCCUGAAUUGCAUUGCAUUGGUUCCAAAUGAAGGCUGGAUUAAUACAAUACUCUCAAGGAUUCUAAAAUUUGCCACUGAUCAAGAGGGAAUCUCAAAUUUUAUGAGAGGUAUGUUAUGCCCUGGAAGUGAAAUUCCAAAGUGGUUCAGUAUUCAGAGUGUGGGACAUUCAGUAAAUGUGGAGCUUCCUCCACCAUCAUGUACCAACUGGCUGGGGAUUGCCUUUUGUGUUCUUUUUCAAGAUCUUACGCCAAACUGGGUCAUUCUAGCUGGUCUUCAUCUCUAUGAUUAUUUCGAAAUUCGGUGUUUUUCUUAUAUGGAUGGCCCUAGGAUUUGGACCAAAAAAAUAAGGUCUCUAGAGUCAGAACACCUUUGGGUAUUCUAUUUGCUUCGUCGAGAUUGUUGUCAAGAUGAGUUUUUAUUCGAAACCUACUUUGAUGGUGUUAGUAGGGAAGGAGAAAAAGUAUACUGGAUUCGUGUGAAGAAGUGUGGGGCUCGUUUGCUAUACAAGCAAGAUUUGGAAGAACUCAACCAAACACAAAAUCCUGAAACGAACACGUGAAUAUUGUGACAAGGCAGCUCCAAGUGGAUUUGGAAGUGUGAGCUUCAACGACACAAAACAAAUCCGCAAAAGGCAUUGUUUGUCACCAUCUUAUAAUAAAUUUCACUGUAAAACCAGUCCCCAUCAUAAGCUUGGGAGGAAUUGGAGGAGCUGGACUUGAAGUACGAGGAGUACUAUCCUAGCGCCGUGGAGUUGGCCUCUAUGUUUCUUCCUUGUGAUUUAUCUUGCUUGAUGUCAUUGCUAAUCUUGAGGUUCAUUUUCUGAAAACACCUUUAAUGUUAACAUCAGGGACUUAUAUUUCAAAUUUUUAUAGAAAGGAAGAAUUGACUUGUUUCA